AUUGUUACCGCGUGAAGCGCUGCAAGCUGCUCAGCGCCUGAAAUGUCGGCUGCUUGAAGUAAAACCGCAGGAUGGGCAUUGAAAGGGUAGUAAUUGGUGGUGGAACAGGAUUUAUUGGAGCAGCACUAAGAAAUGCCUUGAGUAAACUUGGUUAUGAUGUAAUGAUUGUGUCAAGGAAGCCUGGUGCCAAUGUGCUAACGUGGACUGACCUGGCAGAAAAAGGCCUUCCUGAGUGUGCAGCUGUUUUCAGCUUAGCGGGGCAGAAUGUCAUGGAUCCUUUGCGAAGGUGGACCCCUGGUUUCCGGCAGAAUGUCUAUGCAAGCAGAGUCGAAACAACAAAAGCGCUGGCUGAUGCUAUCCAAAAAAUGGAGAGCCCACCUAAAGCAUUUGUCUCCAUCUCAGGAGUUGGCUACUACAAGCCAGACCCUGUGAAGGAGUACACUGAGGAGAGUCCUGGUGGCGACCACGACUAUCUUGCCAAACUCUGCACAAAGUGGGAAGCAGCUGCUAAACUCCCACCUGAAGUGAAGUGCCGAACUGUCACUGUGCGGUCAGGUGUGGUGCUUGGCUCGAAUGGGGGCAUGGUCCAGCAGCUCUACUGGCCCUUCUUCUUCGGCCUGGGUGGGCCAGUGGCAAGUGGUACCCAGUUCAUGCCUUGGGUCCACAUCAGUGAUAUUGUUGGCAUUCUCAUUCAUGCCAUGAGCAAGGAAGGCCUCACAGGUGUUCUCAAUGGGGUUGCUCCACAAAUCGUUACCAAUGCGGAAUUCACCAAGGAGUUCGCACGUGCCAUGUGGCGGCCAGCACUGUUUCCACUGCCAAAAUUUGUACUGGAUCUGGCCUUUAGCCCUGAAAGAGCCACUAUGAUGACAGAAGGGCAGAAAGUGAUCCCAAAACGUACACUUGAGUCGGGCUACAAGUACAAGUUUCCUGAUGUGCAGUCUGCUUGCCAAGAUGUACUUCAGCGCAAGUGAGUGAGACAGCGCUCGCACAGUUUUCAAGCCAAGCUUUUUUUUCUUUGGCUUGCAGCAAAUCUUAAAUAAAGUUUAAUGUUUUCAUGGGA